ACUUCGUCGUCUUUUUGGACCAUUUGUGUCAAAACAAGCUAAACGUUUAAAUCGGGAUCUUCAAUUAUGCAACAACUGAAAAAAGAUUUCCACCCGAGCACGUAUUGUGUAUACAUAAAACGUGCUUCGCGCGUACAUACAGAAUCAAAAAUCAAAUUAGCGACAAAAUCUCGCAAAAAACGCGAACAUAAUGUGGAAGAAAAUGAGAUAACUGUGUACCACAUUCAACGAUACUGAACUUCCGAGAUCGUAGCACACAGUGUUUAAUUAGUGCUAAUAAAAGAAACGCUAAUUUUUAACAUUUCUUCUGUUUAUCUUCGCGAUAUCGUAACUUGCGAUACGUACAUUUGGUUUGCUUAAUACCGAAAACGAGAUGCUUUACUUAAGAUCGAUGAAGGAAGGGGAAAUUACAUAUAAAGGUCCCAGUUUCUCUUAAAUUUUAGUAUUCUCGUUUUUUCUUGGUAACUCCGUAAGCAAGAAAGAAAAUGAAGAAUUACGCCUGUGCCAUCUUACUGUUAAUGUGCGUGAUGUCGUACUCUAAUUGCGAAACAUAUCAGGAUUCAGGAGUCGUCAGCAUAAACCUAGCGGCAAAUUGUGCCUAUGAAGGUCUUUUCUAUACGGAGGGCGUACAUACGCUUCAUCAACCCUGCAGAGUGCUGAAAUGUUAUCCCGAUGGUGAUUCCAUAAUCGAACAUUGCCAUAUGAAUCCAAGAAUCAAGUGUCGACCUCCAGGAUACCCCGUUAUCGAGUUUAACGACAUAAAUGGCACUAAAUUUCCAGAAUGCUGUCCAUCGCUGAAGUGUUUUGAUAUGAUUGACCUUCCGGGGUCCAUAUAAAUCCUGUCACAAGCUGAGAACCAAAACUGGCAUCCUUACUACUUGUGUAACUCUCUCUUUUUCUGCUCACCGCCGAAUUAAAAAAUACGAAAAAAAUUAAACAUAAGAAAAAAAAUUCAAAUGUUAAAGAGGAACUACAAACUUUCACGUAGUUAGCUCUGAGUAAUGGUAGAGGAAAGUUCUCUGCAUGACCCUAGACGUGAUAUUCAUGUUAUCAAUAUUUUAAUAAAUCUAUACGCUAUGCAGAAGUGGAAUCAGCUAUAUCGAAAAUCCUUAUAAACUACCUUUAAAAAACAAAACUUUUUAAUUGGGCAAUCCGUUCCUUGCCCAACGACAAAACUUUUGCUACUCCGAACAAAUCUCAAAAUUGUGCAUAAUGUGUUUAUUUACAUAAAUAAAUUUAUGGGGAAACCCACUAUUUUAACAAAAAAUAACAGUCUAAAG